GACCCCGACGUAGGUCGCGACCCCCACGCGGGCCCACCGGUAUGGCCCGGCACGUGUUCCUGACGGGGCCCCCAGGAGUUGGAAAAACAACGCUGAUCCAGAAGGCCAGUGAAGUGUUAAAAUCCUCCGGUGUGCCUGUGGAUGGAUUUUACACAGAAGAAGUCAGACAGGGAGGGAGAAGAAUAGGAUUCGAUGUUGUCACGUUAUCUGGCCUGCGGGGAGUUUUGUCCAGAAUUGGGUCAGAGCCUCCAGCCAGAAAAUGUGAAUGCCGGGUUGGGCAGUACGUGGUGGAUCUGACUUCCUUCGAGCACUUGGCACUUCCGGUCUUAAGGGAUGCAGGUUCCAGCGGUGGCCCAGAGCACAGAGUGUGCGUCAUUGACGAAAUCGGGAAGAUGGAGCUCUUCAGUCAGCCUUUCCUCCGGGCUGUUCGUCAGACACUGGCCACCCCAGGGACUGUCGUCCUGGGCACGAUCCCAAUACCGAAGGGAAAACCACUGGCCCUCGUGGAAGAAAUCAGAAACAGAAACGACGUUCAGGUGUUCAGUGUCACCAAGGAAAACAGAAACCAUCUUUUACCGGAUAUUGUGACGUGUGUGCAGAGCGGCAGGAAGUGAAGACGGUCCGCACCCCUGCGCUGC